CUCGCGACUGCGCGGUUAUCACCUGCGACGUGCGUGCAAUGAAUGGCGUACGUUAUGCCGGACUUCGUCCUUGCGCCUAAUGAUUGAUAGCAAUCUCGAUUCACAUCUCUUGUUGCUAAAAAUUGAGAAUAUUCGCCGGUACUCGGAAAUUUUCCCUUCUUUUAACGCAUUUUCGACUAGAAAAGCGUGUAUUUCGAAUGAUCGACAUAUUUCUUACUAUACAGUGACGUUUUAGGUUCUUGUAUUUUUAAAACAAGGAUAUUCUUUGUUUUAUAUUAAUGGAAAUAUGAAAACUUCAUAUGAGUUUAUUACACAAAAAGAUUACUGUUACAGCAUUAAUUACGAUAUAUUAAAGAGAUGAUAUUUUAUUGAUAUAACAGAAAGUAGAAUUGUAUUAAUUUAGUAGAAAAAAAUGACUAAACAAGAAAGUGUACUAUCAACUUAUUUAUCUUCGAACACCAAUCAAUAUUCCACACAGACGGAGGAUGAACCAACAGAUAAUUUAUAUCUUGCACUGAUACAAUGCUUUGGUAUUAUAUUAUGUGGAUAUCUAGCAGGAAGGUUUGGUAUGAUGACCAAAACCGAAGCAAAUGGUCUGAAUACUUUUGUUGGCACUUUUGCUCUGCCAUCAUUAAUCUUCAUGUCUUUGGCUAAACUUGAUUUCACAUUGGUGAACUGGAAAUUUCUGCUUGCUGUAUUGCUUGCUAAGAGCAGUGUGUUUAUUACUGUACUUGCAGUUUCAUUAGUAAUUAAAAAGCCAUCGAAUCCUGGACGUGCUGCUCUCUUUGCAAUAUUUACUACUCAAAGCAAUGAUUUUGCUAUUGGAUAUCCCAUGAUUAAUGCUUUAUAUGGAAAAACUCAUCCAGAAUAUGCUGCAUAUCUAUAUCUGAUGGCGCCUAUAUCGCUGGCCAUUUUAAAUCCGAUUGGUUUUGUACUGUUGGAAAUAGGCAAGCGACGUGUGGAAGAGCACACAAAUUGUAAAAAUAUGGUUUAUUCCAUUGUGAAAGGUGUCGUAUUAAAUCCAGUGCUGUUCAUGACAGUCUUGGGCAUUGUAGGCAAUCUUAUAUUUAGUCACAGUGUACCACGCUUACUCGCCGCAAUUCUUGAAGUACUUGGUAACGCUUUCUCUGCUAGCGCAUUGUUCCUUCUUGGCUCAAUGAUGGUAGGAAAGAUACACAAAUUGAAAGGUACAGCGCUAGUUAUACCGGGUAUAUUGAUUUCGGUGAAAUUGCUAGUCUUGCCUCUAGUCAUAAGAGAAUCUAUUAUUCUCUUGAAUGCCGGAGAUAACUUGACGGAAACGAGAAAUUUGAGCACUUAUGGUUUCCUGUAUGGUACUAUCCCGACAGCACCGGCUCUAUUUAUUUUCACUUUACGAUAUAAUCUCGAAAUCGAUCUGAUCGCCUCAGCAAUGGUAGCUUGUACGUUUCUCUCUGCCCCGCUCAUGUUUAUAUCGGCUAAAGUGAUCAAUGCAGUUUACGCUGGAAGUACGUCGGCUAAUUAUGCACGGCAAUUAAAUAUUUUUUCCUUUGACAUAAGCGUUGCGUCAGCAAUAGCUUGCAUAUGGUUGUUGAUAUGUUUCCUUGGAUUUGGACGGAAAAGAUAUAAUCAAGUCACUCAUCGAUGCACCCUGUGUCUCGUAAUUGCGCAGCUUGCAGCAGCAGUGGGUGUGAUAAUUUGGUCAACACUGGACCCAAACGCUAAUCGAUCAACAUUAUGGUAUAUUCAAUUCAUUUUAAUAACUACUGGCGUAUAUGCAAGCAGAGUUUGGACGGCUGCAAUUGCAGCAAUAUUACUAUUUCUGAGUUCACGUUCGUUGUCCUUUGUUGAAAAUCUACAAAAAUGGUUUUAUCCUAUUGGUUGGGGAAUACCACUUUUAAUGGUGAUAAUAAUGUGCACGACUGUUACAUUACCUCCUUCUGAAUUUGAUUUAAAAAAUCCGAAUUUUCAAUUGGGCAGAACUCAAGCUGCUGCAUCUUCAUUCAUAUUAAUAUUCUGCUUUAUAGUGACAUUAGGUUGUUUGAUCUUACAACAAAGAUAUCAAAGAAGGCACAUUACAAUAGAGUCAUAUGAACGUGUACGGAAUAAUACAGAAAAUACUAUAAUUGAAAAUAAUGAGAGAAAUAUAGUAGAUGUAGAAGAUUUAGGUUCUCCAUUAAUUAAUGCAUCUCGAAUUGGCUGUGAAUUUCAAAAUGGUUGUUCCAAUGGAGCAUGCAGAGCUGAUGAUGUAGAGAGAGAUUGCGAUGAAGAAAAUGAAACAAAUACAGAUAACGAUCCGCAAAUUUUACGACAUCUCGUUUUUCUUAUUUUACUAUUGUGCUCCAUGUUUGUUGGCUUAUCGAUAUCUGUUGGAACAUUAAUAAUGGAGCAAUUAACUGGUAUUUAUGCCGAAGUUGCAUUUUUGGAUGUCGCGUUCAAUUUUGGACAAUCUUUAAUAGCUUUUGCCAUCUUUGGAUUAGAUCCUAGUUUGGGUAAAUUAGGAAGUUGGUUGCAAAAAAUGUGCAAGAAGUGGCAAUCUGGAAAAGAAUUACAAUUACCUUGUGAAGAUGCUCUCAGUUCAGAAGCAAGGACGAUCCGAGAACAGUUUAAUCGAUGUCAUUUAGAGGCAUGUCGAGCACGUAUAUCUAUGUGCCGUAGGCGAUUGUUGAAAGUAUACAAAGGAGUCUUUUCGGGAUCAGAUUUGGUCAACUGGUUGCUUGAAGUCGGAAUUGUCAGCAGUCGAGAGGACGCUGUACAAUAUGGUCGUUGUUUGUUAGAGAGUAGAGUCCUGCAACAUGUCGAUGGUACACAUCACUUUUAUGAUCAAAAUCUUCUAUAUACGUUCAAUAUAUAACUAAAUUUUCGAAUGUUUUCGACGAGGCAAAUUAGUUCUAUUUGUAUCAAUAUUUCAAAUAUUGAAUAUUUGAAUAAGAAAAUCGAAAGAAAUAACUUAAUUAUGAUAAUUUGUUAUAAAAUUGAAACUUCUAUAUUCUUUAUGUUGAUUUAUGGCUUUAGAUUGAAUAAUUUUCUUUAAGAGAAAAAGAUCUCUACUAUUCAUAAAAGCAAGAAUGAAAUUAAUAUCAAAAUAAUGCAUAGAUGAAGAUAAGUUUACUGGCUAAACUAUCAUGACUAUGAAUAGAAUUUAACUGUGUUUGAAAUUUUUUGAAAAGCACAACAAAUUGUUUUAUUUAAUUUAUUUACACAGUUUUUAUUUUGUUAAAAUUUUAUUUAUGUGGUGUAAUUUAUUUAGGACAUCUCGGAAAAACGAUCAAAAAGAGAAAUAUCUUUUUAAAUAUUUAUGUUAAUGAAACGCGACGCAUAAUUUUUUUGCACAGUAGGAUAAUAUAUUCCUAUUCAGUGAAAUUCAGCAUCAGUAUUAAAUGGUUUUUUGUUAACUAUUUACUACAAUUAAUUAAUUAUGUAUCAAAUGAGUAAAGGCUGUGUUUAAUAUAUUAUAUACUUCACUCUCAAUAUACAGUUUAACAUAGAGAAAUCUCCUACAAAAAGGCUAUUUUUAUAUGCUAAAAUCUUAAUUAUUUAGUAUAAUAUAUUUAAUUCAAAGUGUGAUAUAAUGGAAAUAAUGAUUGAAGAAUAAAGAAGAAAAUAUAAAAAGUAUUUUUAAACUAUUGCAAUGUUUAUAUCAAACAUUUUACUUUUUUAUUCUGCAUUAAUAUUUAAAAUAUACACAAAAGAUUUAAUAGUUUAUAUUACUGAUCAUGACGAAAAAUGUAUGAUAAGAAGUUUCGAGUAAGGUUUCUUCAAUGAAUACAAUAGCUUGACAUUUUUUAUUAGACCGAAUCUGAUUUUAUUUCUUAUAAUGUACUAUU